GGUAGGGUGCCAUGGUAGAUGCUUGCUUUCUUCGUGGAUCUCUACUAGAUAAGUCAACGACGUGGCUGAUCAUCCUCGUUUUCCUUCUCCCUGUUUUUUUCUGGUGAAUUACGUGCCUCUCGUUCUGUACGUAGUAGAUCGACCUUCUCUUUGACUUACUUGCGUUCGUUAUAACGUCGCAUCGACUAGCAUACUGAGGUAGCUAGCUCACGGUGUAACGCAUAUCGACCCGGAUACGUACCUAUAUAAGAAGCGUAUUUCGGCUUAGAUACCUGCAAGAUGAAGAACACUAUAUCCACUCUCCUCGCACUCUUCAACACCGUGCUCGUACUUGCCGCACCGACCCCAGCCACGCCGUCGGAAGCUAAUACACCGGCGCCGGCAUCAUGGCGUCUAGAUUGCGGAUCCCCGGGUACGACAGCGAUGUGUUCGGCGAGCAACAGCGGAGCGCAUUGUGACCCUGUAUCGGGUGACUUGACGAUUAUUCUUGCGGGUACAUGCUCGGCGUGCCGGUGUCUUAGUGUGGAUCAGUGCUCGAGAGGGUGUGGGAAGGAGGAUGAGUGAGCUACGAGGGAGAUGCUUUCUUGAUAUAAGUGUGAGAUGAGAAAGUAUGGGAGUUUUGAGGGCUGAAAGGAAGAUUAAGAGAGAUGAAGAGGGUAGCGAUCGCGAUGGUUUGGUGAGUUAAGCGGCUUUAGUAAACAUUCCUUGAGUACUAUUCUUUUGGAGGGAUUGAUAGGAUUUGGAGCAUACGGCGCUGGGUAGCAAGUUUUGGGAAUUGUAAUGGGAAAAUGGACACAGGAGGUUUUCUUCAAGCUUGAAUUGAUUUUCACGAUGCUAUUCGGAAUUCUUGCUUGUGGUAUUCUUUCUUACUGUCUUAGCUGCCGGCACCUAAAUAUGUAGGUUGGUUGGUUGGUUGUAGUAAGGAGAGAUCCAUGAAUCGAUCACUAAAUAGCCUGGAAGCUUAGGGGUUAGUGGCGGGGCGAUCCACUGCUAAUCGCCCGAAAAUGGAAAUGGAGUAGUGGUUAUCGAUAAGGUCACUACAGCACAUUAGCGCAUCAAUUUGAAGGUGGAAAUCAACAAUAAAGAGCUAUAAAUUCAUCCACUCCACUA